GAUUCAAACUCAGAUUUGAUCUCCGUUGUGUUUCAUCUACACUGGAUUUGAUUUGAUUUGUUUUUUUUCGCAAUGGAGAAGACGACUCCACCAGCGGAGGAGCUUCUAAAGAAGAUACGAGAGUUAGAAGAAAGCCAAGAGCAUCUAAAGCGAGAGAUGUCGAGACUUAAAGUAUCGGCGGAGAUGAAGCAGCGUUCGCAUUCAGCGUCACCGCAACGGCCUGUGAGGAGAAAUAGUGGAGAUGGAACUCCGAUGUGGAGAAAAAGCGGUGCGGCUUCGUUUCGUCAUGCUUCGCCGUUGCGUAAGGAGAGCCAUGCGAAAGUUGCCGGCGGCGAGGGACAAUCGGCAGGCAAGUUCACCGAUAAACAGUAUUUGAAUAUUUUGCAGUCUAUGGCUCAAGCUGUUCAUGUCUUCGAUCUAAAUGGCCAAAUUAUCUUUUGGAACUCAAUGGCGGAAAGGCUUUAUGGAUUCUCAGCUGCUGAAGCACUUGGGAAGGAUCCGAUUGAUAUUCUUGUAGAUGGUCAGGACGCUUCGGUUGCACAAAAUAUUACUCGGCGUUGCAGUAGUGGAGAGAGUUGGACUGGUGAGUUUCCUGUAAAGAACAAAGCGGGAGAGAGGUUUUCAGUUGUGACUACGAUGUCUCCUUCUUAUGAUGAUGAUGGUUCUCUUAUUGGGAUCAUAUGUAUAACAAAUGAUUCGGCACUCUUUCAAGACCCGAGAGGCUCUCCGGCUAAGACAAGGGGGCAAGAAGGGGAGACGAGCUUUAGUCGGGUGACUAGUAGUGUUGCAUCUAAGCUUGGUCUUGACUCGAAAGAGGCUGUUGUAUCGAAACUCGGACUUGAUUCUCAGCAGCCUAUACAAGUUGCUAUAGCUUCAAAGAUAUCAGAUUUGGCAUCUAAGGUGGGCAACAAGGUCAAGUCAAAAAUGCGAGCAGGUGAUAAUAAUGCUGCAAAUCUUGAGGGUGGAAGUGGGGACAGUCAUCAGUCCGAUCAGGGUUUCUUUGAUGCUGCUAUCUCUGACCGGAGGGAGGAUGCAGCAACAAGUGGUGCUGAUACACCUAGGGGGGAUUUUAUCCAAUCUCCAUUUGGUGUAUUCUUACGUAGCGAUGAGAAGGCUUCUUCAAAGCCCUUCAGAGAUUCCAGUGAUGAAAAUGAUGGAAACUCUGUUAUCCCUAAAACACUGACCUCAAAAGCUGAAGAGUGGAUGGCAAAGAAAGGAUUAUCAUGGCCGUGGAAAGGGAAUGAAAGGGAAGGUUUGGAAGGAAGGCGUAGUCAUUCUGUGUGGCCUUGGAUGCAGAAUGAACAACAAAAAGAACAGGCUUAUCAAACUAAUUCUAAUCACAGUGUUAAGUCUGAAAGCCAGGCAUGUGAAAGUAUUAAGGCUUCCAGUAACGAGCCUAUGGGGUUUUGGUCUUCCUCCGUUAAUGUGAACAGCACAAGCAGUAGUAGCAGCUGCGGAAGUACCAGCAGCAGUGUUAUGAACAAGGUCGAUAUGGAUAGUGACUGCUUGGAUUAUGAAAUCUUAUGGGAGGACUUGACAAUUGGAGAACAAAUCGGGCAAGGUUCAUGCGGGACUGUCUAUCACGGUCUGUGGUUUGGAUCUGAUGUGGCUGUAAAGGUGUUUUCCAAACAAGAAUAUUCAGAAGAGAUCAUAACAUCUUUUAGACAAGAGGUAUCAUUGAUGAAAAGACUUAGACAUCCGAACGUUUUGCUAUUUAUGGGAGCUGUGACGUCGCCUCAGCGUCUCUGUAUAGUAACAGAGUUCCUUCCACGUGGAAGUCUCUUCCGUUUGCUGCAGAGGAACACGUCAAAACUGGAUUGGAGGCGACGUAUCCAUAUGGCCUCGGACAUUGCUCGUGGCAUGAAUUAUCUUCACCAUUGUACUCCACCCAUCAUUCACCGAGAUCUGAAGUCGUCAAAUCUACUGGUUGAUCGAAACUGGACCGUGAAGGUUGCUGAUUUUGGUCUUUCGCGUAUCAAGCAUGAGACAUACCUCACUACUAAGACUGGAAGGGGAACGCCUCAAUGGAUGGCACCAGAAGUUCUUCGAAAUGAGGCUGCUGAUGAAAAGUCCGACGUUUACAGCUUUGGAGUAAUACUAUGGGAGCUUGUGACUGAGAAGAUCCCGUGGGAAAAUCUAAAUCCCAUGCAGGUGAUUGGAGCUGUGGGGUUCAUGAACCAGAGGCUGGAAGUCCCGAAGAAUGUUGAUCCUCAGUGGAUUUCUUUAAUGGAAAGCUGCUGGCAUAGUGAACCGCAGCACAGACCAUCGUUUCAAGAAAUCAUGGAGAAACUAAGAGAGCUUCAAAGAAAGUACACAAUACAGUUCCAGGCGGCUCGUGCUGCAUCAAUAGAAAACUCUGCCCUCAAGGAAAAAUAAACCAUUAAAUGGACAGGGCAGAAUCUGAUUAUGCAUGUAUGCGUUGACGAGGCUGAGCUACGUAAGCAAAGCAGAAAGGUGUUUUGUGUUUGUGUUGAAGCUCAAUGACGAGAAGCACCAAAAAGAAGAGUUUUGGUAUAUGCGACUAUAUUCUCUCUCAUUACAAGAGCCAUUCUUUUGUAUGGAAUUGAUUCUGAAAACGUCAUGUGCUUGCGAGGCGAGCUAGAGAGGUUAUUUAUAUAAAACCAUGAUGCCUGA